GAUCAGCAUCGUCCAAAGGCCAAAGGCCAAAGGAGGGUUCGAGAUCAUAAGGCAGCACUCCUUGCCACAUCCAAAGCUAUAGCAAAGCUCUAAUCUGCACUAGCCAUCUAUCUUUUCACCGCACGAUCCCGAACCAUCCAUCUCUACUCAAAUUUAUACGAUGAACACUACGAACAACACGACCACCACCACCUCCACCACUUCUGGUCAGACUGUGGGUGAGAAGGGGGGUAACGCCAUCACGGGUAUCUUUCAAGCCGCCAACGGUCUAGGAGAAGGUAUCCGAGGCAACAUCAACGCCUUUGCCGACUCGCUCGGUGCGGGGAUCAAGAACGACCCAAACACCGCUGGUCAGGACACGGCCGCUCAGCGUCACAACGAGCAGGUCGCUGCGAGGGGUGCUGAUGAGAUGAGGUCGGGUUUGGAUGGAUUCAAGAGGAGCUAGAGGAGAAAGGCAGGAUUCGGAAACUGGACGUGGCAGUGAUUGUAGCUCGCUCGUGGACUUGCGACA